UACGACUGCUUUGGAGCCACUAGCGUGUCUUUCAUUUCCCAAGUAAGCAAGGUAACGAUGACGACGGCGUUGGCGACGAUAGAGGGCGAGAUGGUGCUACUGGCCAUGCUUCCUGAGGAAGACCGUGUGAUGUUGAUCCAGACGCCGUGUCUGCGCACCAUUGCCGACCUGGAGGCUUUUAUCGUGGACGAGUACACUCGCGUGUUUCCGCAUCUACCACCACUCAGCCGAAACCUACGAAUUCAGAAGUGCGUGGCGCCUGAGCUGGUAGUUGAUCGCCGUGCGCAUGGCAAGGUGCGUCAGCAGGCGCCACACGUCUUCGUGGACCUGGCCAAGAACGUGCAGGCCGGCAACGUGUUCAAGAACAUGGAGCAGAUUUACAUAGUGGUUAACAAGGCCAAGAAGCCGAAACAGCCAGCAACCAAGAAGAUUGCGGCCGAAUCACACAAGACGCCGGCCAAAAAUGCUACUCAGAGCGCCAAGACGGUGGUGAAGGAGGCCCACAACAGCAAGAAAAAGACUGUGGCAAAGGAAGCGCAAAAGAUGACAGCAAAGGAAGCGCAAAAGAAGACCGCUAUUGAUAAGAAGCAGCAAGACACAAAGAAAAAGGCUUCGAACGACGUGAAAAAGGCUGUUACGAAGGUCACUGAUGUUGGAAAGAAGAACGGUGCCAAGGACACCAAUAAUGUAGCUGCUAAGGAUUAUAAGGACUCGAAGAAGCCUGCUGCGAAGGAUACCAGCAAUGCUAAGAAGGAGAAAGUUGCUGUAAAGGAAACCAAUGAGAAGAAGGCUACUUCAGAGCAGGAGCAGGACGGAAUGACGGCUGAAAAGAAGGCGGUGAAGGACUCUAAAAACGCUGAGCAGGAGACGAACGGAUCGACUAAGUUCGAUGCCGAGAAGGAGGAUUCCACCGCCAAAAAGGCCCCAAAGAAGGCCGCCCCGAAAAAAAGUGAGAACGCUCUUCUGAAGAAAAUGCUUGCAGCAAAGCAAAAUGGCAAUGAGUCGGGUGCUGCUCUGAUUGUGAACGCUCUUCAUGAGGCGGAAGGCGAAGCAACGUCGACAGCACCGUCGAAAAAUGAGAAAACUCGCAAAGCUAGCGAGAAGGAUGCCUCUACAGCUGCUUCAGAUGUCCAGGAACCCCCAGCCAAGAAGAAGAAAUCUGCUGCAAAGUCAGGGACCAAACCGGCUGAAGUGUCCAAGCCGGCUGAUGAAAAACAAGCUGAGCCGAAGACAGAAAAAUCAACAAAGAAGAAGACGGCUACCAAAUCGGAAACGAAGGCUGAACCAACCAAACCUGCGGAGAGUUCAAAGCCGACAAAGAAGAAAGCAGCUGCUAAGUCGGUAGAGAAGGCCAAUGAUGACUCGUCGACUGCUAGUGAGUCGUCACCUCCCACUCGGAAAUCGAAGAAGAAAAUCGACACUGAAGCAGAUGAAGUUGAAAAGCCAGCGGCCAAGCGUGCAAAGAAGGAGGCGUCUCCUAAGUCGGCAACGACGAUUAAGGCGACCGAGAAACCCAAGCCAGAGGCAAAGUCGUCAAAAAAGGCCAAAAGUACCGAGGCUACGGCUGCUAAGAAUGAUUCAAGUUCGGGCUCCAGCACGUCAACUCAGGCAGCUGAACUAGCUUCUGGUGAGGAAACGAAAGCGGUAAAAACCGCUGCUACUAAAACGACAGCUGCUCGUACCACCAAGCAGAAAUCACAGGAAGAAGCCAAGAAAGAGCCCUCGAGAUUCCAAACGAUUUUAGCGGAAACAAAGAAGCGAAUUGCCGAUGAGAAAAAGGCUAAGGACAAGCUACUCGAGAAGGAUGCCAGCGCGGAUAAAGCCGAGGAGAGCUUAAAGGAAGCAUCGAAGUCUUCUGAGAGCACGGCUAGCGAAUCGUCGGACUCCGAUGUGCCCCCCGUUGUUGUGAAAGUAACGAAGCGCUCUCCGAAGGUUGCUACCCCAGUCGAGAGUAGUUCGUCUUCGUCCUCUGACGAGGAGGAGCUGGAUUACUCCCAGAGCCUCCUGGCUGACUUGACCAAGAACGGUUAGGAUUCGCUACUACAUAUAUUGUGGUUCCAAUAGAUCGAUGAGCUUACGACUCUGGAUUGUGUUGUAGAUACGGAUGGAGAAGAGGUGCCAUCCGUGGUUGUCAAGAAAGAGAAAAAGUCAAACAUGAUUGACAUGAGCGACGAUUCCACAGUAGAAACAUCGCAAGAUCUGGAAGAAUCGCAGGAUAUGCUUUCGUCGGAGCUUACGCAGAAAUCGCAGGAAUCCAAUAGUGUGUUGAUGCCGACCCUCUCGCGGAAUCGCUUUUCGCUUGGUAGCAUGCCCGUGGCGAAGCUGAAAAAGUCGUCCAAGAACCCGUUUUCAUCCCCCAAGAAGGCGAAGGCCAAAACUAGCACGGCCACUGGCCGCCCGCGUGGUCGCCCUCGUAAAGUCAACCCGGAAUAAAGGAUGGAGUAUCUGAUCACCGCCGGGGUGAACUGGGAAAAUCGGCUAACUCUCCAUAUAUUCGUAUUUUCGAUUUCUUGCUUUCCUACGCUUUAGGGCAAAAUGCCAUUUGUCAUUCGCUGGAAAACGUCGUACUGGCGUGUACGAUAGCUGUUGUGGCUGCGACGGACGAGACUGAUGACAUGCUUGAUGACCUGGCUUUGGUUGUAGUCGAGGCGGAAGAGCUGCUUGGUGGCGCUCAAGAUGUCUCGUGGGUUCUGGGACAGGAAGCAUGGGCAAGACGACUCUUGCGCCAUGAUGGCGAUCAUCAUCAGAAUGGUAUCGGCGUGUUGCUGUAGAAAAUUCACACAACACAGUUGACAUGGUCAGCACGAUAUCCAAUACAACCAGAGUAUGUGUACACUUAUACCUGUAGAGCCAAAAAGCCUUGGAUGAGGAAUAUGACGUAGGCCUUGAAAUAGUCCGA